AUGGAUAGCUAUGAAGCAACCAGAAUUGUGUUCUCAAGAAUCCAAAACCUUGAACCAGAAAACGCUUCCAAAAUCAUGGGUCUACUGCUGAUUCAGGACCAUGGGGAGAAGGAGAUGAUUCGUUUAGCCUUUGGUCCUGAAGCUUCACUUCAGUCUGUCAUCCUCAAGGCCAAAAAAGAGCUUGGUCUUCCUUCUAACUCUCCUUCUACACCUUCAACCCCAUCAUCUCCUUCUCCUUUCCUUGCCAACAACCCGAAUCCUGUUAAUAUUCCAAGGCAAAGCUCUGCUGCUUCCAGGCUCCUACCCAACGGUGGAAUCAAUCUGCCAUCUUCUCUCACCAUCCCUACUAACCUCUCUACUUCUUCUGGUACUUCUUCUUGGAGUCCUUUGUCCGAACUUCCAAACCCUGAUGAGUUGAUUAGUCCAAGCAGUGGGUCUUUAAAUCCUUCUUCUUUGCCCUUCUAUGGAAACGGAGGAGCUACUGAUAUGGUUGAUGAGUUUCAACUUCAAGAUCAACUAGCUUUCCUCAACGAAAGCUCACCACAGCUUAACCCCAAGAACCAUGAUUUCUUUUACCCCCAACCCGCUGACUUGUCCUCGAGUUCAGCUACUGCUGCUGCUUGUGGCAGCACUGACGCCAUGGGGUUCCCCUCUUAUUGGGGGACCUCCUUUCACAGGAGGAGCAGCUCUGUGAGCGAUAUUGUGGGAGCUGAGGACCCGGCUUCAGGGUUUGGGUGGAGACCCUGCUUGUAUUUUGCUAGGGGGUACUGUAAAAAUGGGAAUAAUUGUAGAUUUAUCCAUUGUGGGCUUGGGGAGUCUGGUUCAGUAAUUGGAGGAGCAGAUGGUGCCACCAUGGUGGGUUCACCUAACAAGAUCGAGCUGGACCAGUGCCAUGAGUUACUUAGAUCUAAAUCCGCUCAGCAACAAAGGUUGGCUGCUGCUUCACAGCUCAUGGGUUCUGCUUCUUUUCCUUACUCCCCAAAGGGCAUGAAUUCGUUCCUUCAACAGCAACAAAAUGAUACUCAGAGGGCUGCAGCCGCUGCUGCUUUAAUGAUGGGUGACGAUAUGAACAAGUUUAACCGUUCCAGGCUUGAAAGAAACGGGUUUUCAAUGAACGGUGAAGCAGGCAUGGUUAACCCAGCUUCAAGACAGAUCUACUUGACUUUCCCAGCUGAUAGCACUUUCAGAGAGGAGGAUGUGUCAAAUUACUUCAGUACAUAUGGUCCGGUUCAAGAUGUGAGGAUACCAUACCAACAGAAGAGAAUGUUUGGAUUUGUCACUUUUGUUUAUCCUGAGACCGUGAAGAUCAUCCUGGCUAAAGGGAAUCCUCAUUUUGUUUGCGAUGCGCGGGUUCUGGUGAAGCCUUACAAAGAGAAAGGCAAAGUUCCGGACAAGAAACAGCAGCAACAGCAAGUGGAAAGAGGAGAGUUCUCCCCUUGUGGUACUCCAACUGGCCUUGAUUCUAGAGAUCCAUUUGACCUUCAGCUAGGGUCAAGGAUGUUUUACAAUACCCAGGACUUGUUAUGGAGGAGAAAGUUGGAGGAGCAAGCUGAUCUCCAGCAAGCCCUUGAGCUUCAAAAUAGAAGGUUGAUGGGCCUGCAACUCCUUAAUGUGAAGAAGCAUCACCAUCACAGGGCUCUUUCUAGUGGAAGUCCCAUUCCAUCACCUACCCACUCACCAAACCCGUUCAGCCAGUCACUUGUACUUCCUCAAUUUCACAACAGUCAAGAAGCUCCACAAGAGAAUUCUUCUAACCCUGUGCUGGUUGUAUCUGCCACUGCUUCCGAGAAGCAAGCAGCGAGUACUACUGCUGUUGCUAAAGAAUCGGCCAGUGUUGAAGAAAAUGGUACUAGCAAGGAGAGCCCUAAUUGUGAAGAUGCUAAUCUGCCGGAAAGUUUGGAGCACAACCUUCCUGAUAAUCCUUUCGCAUCUCCUACCAAAGCAUCCGGGGAAUUCUUGUCUGCAUUCUCCAAUGCUGAAGCAGAUAGGGAUGUUUCAGUCUCGGCUUCUUCUGUCAACAAUAACUGGGUCUCUUCAACUCUACUUCCUGCAAAUAAUGCUUUAGAGAUUGCAUCCUUCAACUCUUUCAACUGUCAAAUGCCCAGGUUCUCGUCUGGACAUGGUACCAUUGGUAUGUAUGCUGGCACAGGCGGCCCGACUUGCCCUGUUGGUAUUUAGCUUUCUAUGCUGAGGAAGACUGAAGGUAUAAAUCAAACACAAAAUUUCACAUCGGAGAUCAGAGAUCUAUAGAGAGCCACCACCACCACCGCACUACAAUCAGAACCACCACUCAACCGUUACUCGUAAUCAUCGUCAAUACUAUACUUACUACCAUACAAAAUGCGUACAUAAAAGGCAGUGAAGGAAGUGGGUCAGCCAUUCCUUUAUUUUGUUGUAAUAUUGUUAUCUAUUGUUUCAGUAGUUUGGACCACAGGUAAAAGCAUAGAAGAAGAAAGAAAAAAAAGGAUCACACAGUCAAUGUGUAGUUGUAACUCCCCUUGGAACUGUAAUUUCUUUCCCUUUUUUUCCAGCAGUGAUGGUUUCCCUGGAAGAAACAAGGAAAAAAAAACCCCUUAUUUAGUUUGUUCAAUUUUUUUCCUAGCCUUCUUAGUUCAUGUUUGUUAGGGUGUAAUCAAAAUCCUCUUCUGUACAGAGCAUCUGCACUCAAAAGAAGGGAAACAACACUCGAAGAGGUAGAAAUAGUAAAAACAUGCAUAUAUGGUAUUGUAGGGGGAAGACAUCUAUAGAGGGAAUCUUACAUCUCAGUUCAAAGUUGUACCUUGAUCAUGAUCUACUGUUAUGAGAUAGAGAAUUCACUAGUAAAAAGCAUCAGAAUUUCAAAAA